AUUAUGAAGCUGCAGGCCCAAUUAUUGGAACAACACAAAAUAUUAGAUAACAGCAAAGCCAAGGAUGCUCAAAUUUUGAGUCUACAAGCUCAGCUAGGGGAAAAGAACAAAUUGGAAUGGAACAGUUUCCAAACAGUGAAGGAGGUUUUUCCAAACUCAUCCCUAACUGAACAUGAGGAUGAAUUGGCAUUAGGCGAACACAGUCAGUUAUUCAAUCUACCACCUGACAGUGUGUUAAAGUUAAAUUCUGUUAGUGCUGCACUAAAAGAAUUGUUAGUAAUAAGUCCAUGCAGCGAAGGAAUUAAACAAUUGUGGCACCGUAUUUGGGCUGAAAAUGGGUGUGGUACGGAAACCCAGAAAUAGCACGAGUUCAACAUAAAACAUGAAUUAGAAUUCUAGUGGGGGAUCAAGUCAAGUCUAGAAGUGUUACAGGAUGGAAGAGUGAGCCUACAGUUGAAAAACACUGAAAGUGCAUUACCAUUAAGGUAUGAGGUAAAGUAAUAGAGUAUGCAAAUUGUCUAAUGAGAAGUACCAUCUUGUGUGAA